AUGGUGAUCAUCUAUUUUCUGCUUCUGGGUAUAUUUGUCGAUUUAAGUGAUGAAGUCAAAAAUAAAAUAAGGCAUUUCCCACCACAGUUCUUGUUUGGUGCUUCAUCAAGUGCUUAUCAAGUAGAAGGAGCUUGGGAAGAAGAUGGUAAAUCCUUAUCAAUAUGGGAUGUGGCAGUGCACGCAAAUCCGGAUAUGGUCCAGGACGGGACCACAGGAGACAUUUCCACCGACUCCUACCAUCUCUACCAAAAAGAUGUGCAACUAGCCAAGGAAUUGGGAUUGGACUUCUACAAAUUCUCCAUAUCGUGGACCAGGAUCUUACCAAAUGGUUUCGCAGAUAAAGUAAACCCGCUUGGAAUCAAAUAUUACAAACUCCUCAUAGAAGAAUUGUUGGUGAAUAAAAUACGGCCUAUGGUAACAAUGUACCAUUGGGACCUUCCACAGAAUCUACAAAAAUUUGGGGGAUGGUCUAAUCCAUUAAUUGUCGGAUGGUUCGUGGAUUAUGCCAAGGUUUUAUUCACUUCAUUUGGGGAAAAAGUAAAGUAUUGGAUAACAAUUAAUGAUCCCAAAGCAAUAUGUGUCGGAGGGUACGGUUCCACUUCUCAAGCUCCAAUGAUGAACGUGUCUGGUAUAGCAGAGUAUAUCUGUGUUAAGAAUGUUCUGCUAGCUCAUGCGAAGGUGUACGAGUUGUAUAAUAAACAGUUUAGGAAGACCUGCAAAGGGUCAAUUGGUAUAUCAAUCAGCUUCGUAUGGUAUGAACCGGCAUCGGGUUCUUAUGAUGAUCAUCAGGCAGCUGAAGAUGCAAGGAAGUUUGAUUGGGAAUACUUUGCACACCCAAUAUUCUCAAGUGCCGGUGAUUAUCCAGAAGAGGUAAAAAAUAACGUUGCUGUGAAAAGUGCGGAACAAGGUUUCCCAAAGUCUCGUCUUCCAGAACUAUCUGCUGCGGAAGUGAGUUUGAUAAAAGGCUCUGCUGAUUUCUUAGGUGUCAAUUCUUACACUACAAGAUUAACGUAUAGAGAUGCCUCUUUGGAUGGAAUGUACCCUGUACCAUCGUUUAUGGAUGAUCAAGGAGCUGUGUUAAUCAAAGACCCAUCGUGGACCCAAGCAGCGUCAACUUGGUUGCAGGAAGUACCAUGGGGCUUUCUCAAAGUCCUAAUGGCAAUUAAAUCAUUGUAUGACAACCCACCGGUAUACAUAACAGAGAAUGGUUGGUCCACAUCAGGUAAUUUGCUUGACGAAGAUAGAAUCCAUUAUUUGAGGGCUUACCUCAAUGUGUUGCUCGAUGCUGUGUUUGAAGGAGCUGAUAUCAGGGGUUACAGUGUAAGAUCACUAACUGACAGCUUUGAAUGGUUCCAAGGAUACACAGAAAAAUUUGGACUCUACGAAGUAGAUUUCUCGUCCAGUGACAAAGCAAGGACUCCGCGAAAAUCAGCCUUUGUGUACAAAGAAAUUUGCAGAUCAAAAACUUUGGACCCAGAUUUCGAACCUGAAAAGUUCUUAGUCGAUGGACCUGAGAAGAACCCAAAAUUUGAUCAAAAUCAUGAUCUAACUAUGUUGCGUUAA